CUUUUGUCCUAUUCAAAUGCAGGCAAAUUCUGGUUUGGGAGACGUGGCUUAGUUUAGUUUUUUACUGCUCUGAUGCAUUUGAAUCGCAGGUGCUCUCCUGUGUCGGUUUGUUUAGGGAAAUCAAUGCAGCCCCUCACCUGUCUUCACCUCCUCCAGCAUCCAACGAACUUCAACUGACAAAACCCAGGCACAUGGUGAUGUAUAGCGGAGUUCUUCAUCUCAAGGUCAUCGGGUCAUCAAAAGCUGUUCUCACAUGCUCCGACUGUGACCAGGCCAUGAAGGAUUGUGAAUUCUCGGGGAAAGAAAAUGAGUUUCGGGGCGAGCUGGUGAACCAGCGGUGGACACGAGGCGAGAGGACCAGCAGCCGCUGUCAGGCCUCCCAGAGACUGCAGAGCCGUCGACCAAUCAUGAUGAGUAUCGAGGGUGAUGACAAGCGGACUCGCACUCGGUCCAAGGGAAUCAGAGUUCCUAUUGAGCUCAUUGGACAAGAGCUGAGCUGCCCCACCCUUGGAUGCAAUGGCUCUGGCCAUAUCAGUGGGAGAUACUCACGACACAGAAGUAUUUUGGGUUGCCCCAUAGCCAGAAAACGCCGUCUGGAGGAAGCAGAGGCAGAGCAGGACCAAGAGCAGGAAACAGAGCGGCCUGCUUCCAAGAGGAAGUCCCAGCCCCUGAAGCUGACCCUGGACGAGGGCUUCAGUGCGGAAAGUGACGCCAGCAGCGAGGCCGAGGGUGAGGGAGAAAAGAAUGGCGAGAAAGCAGCAGAGACCAAGGAGGAGGACGAGCAGGAGGAGGAUGAGCAGGAGGACAGGGAGGCACUUGUAGAGGAGAUAGAGGCAAUGACGGAAGACCUAACACAGGACGGACAGACAAAUGGACAGGAGGUGGAGAUGCAGAGUUUACAUGAUGAGGAGGACGGGAAGAGGAAAGAGGAAGACACAUAUCAAAAAGAGGAAGACACAUAUCAGAAAGAGGAGAACACAAGUGCAGCUGAUGAAGAGGAAGAGUGUGUGAUCAUCGAGCACGAGCUCAGCUCAGCGCCGCCUGCACCCCAGGAGUGUCAGGUACCUUCCCAGAGCGCCAAAGAGGGGGACAACUCUCUCCUCCACGUUGGCAGAGUUUCCGACAACAAUGCUCCAACUGUGGCCAUUCAGCAGGCUGUUGCUAUGGAGAUGGAGCAGGAUGUCACGGAGUCAGCCAAGUGGUGUGAAGAAGUAAAGGACAAGCAGGAAGAGGGCACAAAUAAGGGGGAAGAGGAAGAGGAGGAGGCGGCACAGAAAGUUCAAGUGUUGGAAGAGUCAUCUGUUCUGCAGAAGGAGGCGGCUGAAGUGAAGGGAACGGAGUUGGAGGAGGAGGUGGAGGAUGAGCAAGAAGAGUGCGAAGACAGGAGCAACCACGUGAGCCAGGAAAACCCAAAAUAUCCGACUGCUGAUGUGCCCCACGAACAGAUAAAUGAUGAAGAUGAGGAGGAAGAGGAGGAAGAGGUGGCAGUGCCAGCACAACAGAGGCAGGACACUUCAGCUCAUCCAGAGGAGGAUGAGGAGGGAGAUGAAGAGGACCACAGGGACCAUGUUCUGCCAAUUUCUGAUGUGCCAACUGCCAUCCACACCAUUACCAGCACCGCAGCAGCUCAGGGAACACACAUCGAGACUGAAGACCACAGGGCCGGGCCACUGGAGGCCUACAGCUCACACAGGACAAGUCCACUUGAUAAAUGUGACUCUCAAAGACCUAGCCCUCUUCACAACUAUAAGGACAGCCCUCCUUUAAGCUACAGCUCCCACAGGGCCAGUCCACUGGAAGAAUACUUUCCAAUCCCAAGAGUUGAGAACUAUAAAAUUCAUAAAGCCUCGUCUUCAGCCUCUCCCGACAUUAUUGAGGUGGGAUCAGAUAAGUCGGAGGAGAAAGACUACGAUGACAUGGAUGGGGACGACGAACGUGACGACGAAGACAGCCUGUCACAGCGCUCCACGGUGACAGACGAGUCUGAGAUGUUUGACAUGACCCGAGGAAACCUGGGCUUGCUGGAGCAAGCCAUUGCACUGAAGGCAGAGCAGGUGAAACCAGCUGGGCCCAGAGAGCUGCUCCGUGCCCCAGAUAUACACCACCAGAGAUACUUCACCAUGGAUGACAGGCCCAAGCACCUGGACGUCAUCCGCAAGAGCUACUUCAGCAAAGAGAGCAGUAGGCCAGAGAAGAGGGAGAUCAAGUGUCCCACUCCAGGGUGUGAUGGGACAGGUCAUGUGACCGGCCUUUACCCCCACCACCGCAGCCUGUCAGGCUGUCCGCACAAGGACAGGAUCCCCCCGGAGAUUCUGGCGAUGCAUGAAAAUGUGCUGAAGUGUCCAACUCCUGGUUGCACCGGUCAGGGCCAUGUUAACAGCAACCGUAACACACACCGCAGUCUUUCCGGAUGCCCCAUCGCUGCUGCAGAGAAGCUGUCAAAGGGCCAGGAUAAGCUGCCUCUCUCUCAGCCAGGCAGCGAGCACCUGAAAGGAAGUCCAAAUGACAGAGUGUUAAGACCCAUGUGCUUUGUGAAGCAGCUGGAGGUUCCACAGUACGGCAACUACAGGCCCAACAUGGCACCUGCCACGCCUCGUGCUAACCUGGCCAAGGAGCUGGAGAAGUACUCCAAGGUAAACUUCGAUUAUGCAAGCUUCGACGCACAAGUGUUCGGGAACCGCCUGCUUGCUCCAAAGAUGCCCAUCAGCGAAACCUCAUCCAAAGCCUUCAAAACUAAGCCCUCAUUCCCCAAAUCCUCCUCGCCCACACUCAGUCUCCACGAUUAUGGAAAGAGCUCCGGCUUGGCCUACGACUACUCCCAUGAUGCUGAGGCCGCUCACAUGGCUGCCACUGCGAUCCUCAAUCUGUCCACACGCUGCUGGGAGAAACCCGAGAACCUCAGUACUAAACCCCAAAACAAGGAAUUGGACAUUGAGGUGGAUGAGAAUGGCACCCUGGAUCUGAGUAUGAAGAAGCCUUGUAAACGAGAGGGCAGUCUGUCCGCCACUAGUCCCGGGGUUCGCUCUCCUGACCCUUCCUCCUCCUCCUCCUCUUCCCUGCAUCACGGUGGAAGUAGUGGUAUGACAUCACCGAACCUGCACGGCUACAAGCAGGAGGAGUGGGAGGGACCUCUGGAUUACACCAAGCCCAACCGCCAAAGGGAGGAGGAAGGGGACGAGAUGGAGCACACUGGCCACUCAUACGUCUCUUCUGACCAAGAGGACUGCGACAUGAUGCAAGACGGUCUGGAGGAGAGGAAGUACCCGGGAGAGGUCACAACCCCGAGCUUCAAGGUCAAGUUCCAGCCCAAGGAUAGCAAGAAGGAGCUGCUCUCGUGCCCUACACCUGGUUGUGAUGGCAGUGGUCACAUCACUGGAAACUAUGCGUCUCAUCGCAGAUGCCCCUCUCUAGGAUGUGACGGCUCAGGUCACAUCACAGGAAACUAUUCCUCCCACAGAAGUAUCUCUGGGUGCCCGCGUGCCAAGAAAAGUGGAAUUAAAACUCCUACCAAGGACAACCAGGAGGACUCCGAGCUUUUAAAAUGCCCCGUGCCGGGUUGCGACAGCCUAGGCCACAUUAGCGGGAAGUACGCCACACACCGCAGCGCCUACGGGUGUCCACUGGCAGCCCGCAGACAGAAGGAGGGUCUCUUGAACGGCACCCCCUUCAAUUGGAAGGCCUUCAAGACAGAGGGGCCGAUCUGUCCCACCCCCGGCUGUGAUGGCUCUGGACACGCUAAUGGAAGCUUCCUCACACACCGCAGCCUCUCAGGAUGUCCCCGAGCCUUGUUCGCCAAGAAGAAGGCCAAGUUCCCCACAGACGAGUACCUGACCACCAAGUUCAGAGCCAGUGAUGUUUUGGACAACGAUGAGGACAUCCAGCAACUCAACAAAGAGAUCAACGACCUCAACGAAUCCAACAAUGAAAUGGAGGCUGACAUGGUCAACCUGCAGACUCAGAUCUCCUCCAUGGAGAAGAACCUGAAGAGCAUCGAGCACGAGAACAAGAUGAUUGAGGAGCAGAACGAGGCUCUCUUCAUGGAGCUGUCUGGUCUCAGCCGCGCCCUGAUCCGCAGCCUGGCAAACAUCCGCCUGCCACACAUGCAGGAGCCAAUCACCGAGCAGAACUUCGACAGCUACGUGAGCACCCUGACCGACAUGUACACCAACAAGGACUGCUUCCAGAGCCCCGAGAACAAGGCUCUGCUGGAGAGCAUCAACAAAGCUGUGAAGGGCAUCAAAGUCUGAAACUCAAGACUCACACACACACCACACGUACGGAGGAAGCGCAGACUGUCCGGAGGCGAGGGAGCGUGACGGUGGAGAAGAUGGAGGGAUGGCGAGAUGAAGGAGAGAUGUUGAAAUACUCUUCAAUAUAAUGAAAUAUGAUUCAAAACAAAAAGGGAAUCCAGGUUAUCUUAAUAAACGGCAACUUAAAAAAAUCUACCCAGGGAGCACUCUCAUAGAAGAAAAGUGACGCGGACCAAAAUCCACACCAUGCUGCUGCUGGGAUUAAGAGGAUGGAACAGAUCCUUCAGUCAGGAUGGAUGGAAAAGAAGAAUGAAGUUACUGGAAACUGUAUCUGGGGGGGUGGGAGGUGUGGGUGGGUAAUAUGCUUUAUGUUUACCUGUUGUCUCUUUUGUGUCCUUACCUGGUUUUUGGGAGUUUUAACUGUUGCACAGCCGAUCCGUUAAUCGCACUUCACAUCUCCAAAAACACUGCGUCGCUCACAGGAGCUCGGUGACAUGAAGAGGAGGACACACAGAUGAGUUGAGCACGAGGACUCUGAACCAUCCUGCAGCGUUCUGUGCAGCCAGUGUGUUCUGGAUCCGAGCUCUCUGGUUCAUGACCACACACACACACACCCCAGCAAUACAACGCACGCACCAAACUGACUUUGUGUUCGCGUUGUGGUGUUACCGUGGCGAAGACGUCAACAGGUCACGUCGACUCCGUUUUGCGGGGAAUCCUUCAAGUAAGGUCAUGAGACAGAUCCAGGAACAGUGUGGGUUCUUUCAUUUUCAGCUCAUAUCAUGUUUUUUAUGUAAACUGAAACGAUGAUAGUGAUAGUGUGCGCACAUUCUAAAUUCAGUUAGUCAUAUCAAUAGUAUUUAUCAACUUAGGAAUUGCACUUCAUUUCAAUUAAUAGUUUUGUGGUACAAUACUUAUUGUUAUAUAUGAAUUAUUUAAACCUGUGAGCAUUUAAAUUGUAACUUAUUGCCAUUUAUGUUAUUGAGGUUUAUUUAUUUGAAGCAAUCUAUUUAUUAUUAACUUGGUUUUGUAACAGACAAAAAAUUGCAUCUUUACUGAUUAUGGUCAAAGCAAUUUGCAGAUGUCUUGCGUCAAUAUUUUAAGAAUCUAUAUAGAUAACUGACAAGGCAUAUAUUGUUUUGAGUACUUUUUGAAAACCUUUUUAAGUGCAGAUGUUUUAUAACAGACAAAAUCUUUUGAUAAUUUUACAAAAAAAGUUAUUUUUGUUAUUUUUGGGUUCUUUGUUUUUCUCCCGUUACCUUGUGUUUUUUCUGUUGCCACUACAUUCAGAAACCCUCUGCUGAGAAAAAAGAAAAGAAAUUAUGUAUUUAUUAUUUAUUUAAUAUGAAAGAAAUUGACUGAUAUGGCUGUAUAUUUAUUUUGUUAUUUAUGUGCGUGAUGUGACGGUUGAGUGUGAGUAGUCUUAAAGAUCCACUGCUAAUAUUUAAAUAAAGAAACAAAAUCAAUACAAAUACUGUUUGAUUACUUAGGCUUAUACCUAGAGACAUACCAGCAGCUGAUUGUAAGGACGGAAAAAAAUGACCCGACAAAAGCAUCACUGCUCUGUUGCUAUUUGGUCUUUGUGUGUUUGCUUUUGUCAGGUUAUACAAAACCAAGAAAAAAACAACUACAACAACAAGAAAAAAUCCAUAGAUUUAAAAAAUGUUACCUCUCUUUAGCGCUUUGUAGCAGCCGACACUGGCUCACCCAAAACCUCUGUAAUGUACCAUCGAUGCUGAAUUGAUGCUUUUUUAUUCUUUUUUCUUAUUUAUUAUUUUCAUCGAUACAAUGGUGCAUAUAUAGAGCUCUAUUCCAGCAGUGUUUUAGGCUGGAUCUAUGGGUCUCCAACACACACAAACACAAAUACACACCGAUGUAUCCACUAUACUGUAGGAUGGCCUCCUUUGACAAACUUCUAUCAGAUAAACAUACACACCCUUGUAGCCUUACUCUAGAUUUUAAUUUUUUGAUGCACAAAGUGCCACUGAAAAAAAGAAGAGAACUCACUUUCUUUCCUGAUUCUUCGCAUUUCUGCAAUGUAACAAUGUCUGGUCCCAGGAAGACCAUGGCAUCAUGAGAGUGGUGAUUGUUUCAGAUGCCUUUAUUUCUCUGCCAAGAUGGCCAUACGUACACUAUACAUACAUUCUGUAUAAAUAGAUUUUAAAGAUGCUAUAUAUAUGAAUAUAAACAUACAUAUAUUUUUCCAGUGUAAUUGUUGACUUGCUCUUCUUCUCUUGUAUUACCUUGUCAAAAGGAUCACUAGCUGUCUAGAAGAGAUGUGACGCAUGUUAUCAAAAGGAGGCAGUUACACCUUAUUUAAUAUCACUAAGACCUGCUCAACUGUGGCUUUAAACAAACCAUUCAGACAAGCUGAAGGCAAAGAAGGCGUUGUUGAUGAUAGAUUACAAUACUUUGGAAGUGUUUUCCUUUUCCCCCCUUUUUCUUUAUUUGUCUGUUCUUUAUCCAGAAGUGUCAAAAAAACGUCUACUGUAUGUUGUACUACUGAAUCUGAGAAAUGACUGUCAAUUUGAAACUAGAUGGUUGGCUCUUUGUUCCUAAGUGUCAUGUGAGUUCAUGUAUAUUAAAAGAUGCCUCUGAAUAAUGUUCUGCACAUAGUGUUCGGCGACAUUGUGCAGUUAUUGUAUUGUUAAUGGUGAGGCCUCACUAUGAGCCCAUUCUCUAAUGUCAAAACCAGUCAGUAGGAGACUUUAGUGUGACCUGCCUUUCAGUGAUCCGUCGCAGCUACUGUGGUGUACAGUAUGAUACCUGUGUGUAACGCUGAUGUCAAAGGCAUGUUGUAACUGUUCUUUUAGUCAAUGUAGAAUGAAAAUCCUUUGUGCACUUUCUAACUGUUGAAAAUGCCAGCAUUUUAUUCUCGACUCGGGAGAUGCCCCGUAGAUCACGGGCAAUAGCAAGCAUUCACCCAUGGAGGGGCGCACUACAAAGCAUUGUCUCACCUGUGUGUUGCUGUUCAUGUAGAGAACAACCUGUGUGUUACAUCAGAUAGAGACAUCUCUUUGAUUCAGGGGGUCGAAAAUGUAGAUAAAGGAAGUUGUACUUUCUUCUCCAAACAAACAACAAAAACCAAAAGAGAAACGGACAGGAUGCAGAGUUUGGUUCUCAGGUGACUGGGAGGGGGGGCAUAGGGGGGCUGCUGAAGCAGAACAGAGCAAUGCCAUAGGUCAGCCAGUCAGCUGAGGCUAGAGGCGAUAGCAGCGGCUGGAUCGAGGCCACGUGUGAAAUGAGAUGAGUGUGUGGGAGUUGGAAAUUGAUUUGCCGGGCUACACAAUCUCCCCCAUGUUUCAGGAAGAGGUGUUUGUUGCAUAAAUGUGCGUCCAUCACU